CUCAGAAUUACUUUUAGUUUGUCUAAAGCUCUCAUACUCUUUCAGUGAAACAAGAUGAUGAGGCGCUCUAUGCGUUUGUUAUCAACUGUGUUCCUCUUGCUAAUGGUUGUCUUCGCCACUGAGAUGGGACCAAUAAUGGUGGCAGAGGCAAGGAACUGCGAGUCGCAAAGCCAACGGUUCAAAGGAGUGUGUGUAAGUAACAGAAAUUGUGCUUCUGUUUGCAAUACAGAGGGCUUCCCUGAUGGAAAAUGCAAAGGGUUACGUCGCCGAUGCUUUUGUCUCAGAAACUGUUAAUCUCUCUACUAAGUGGAGCAGUUAACUAUGUAAUAAGAAUAA